AUGUCUAUGAGGAAGCCUACACUGCCUAGAACUCUUCUCAACCUUGUGUCUUGCAUGAGAAAUGCACAACAAAUCUUGCGGCACGUGAAUGGGUCGGUUCAUGAUGGUGUAGCACUUGUGCUGAAAGGGAGCAAUGACUCUGGCAAGACCACGUUCUUGCGUAUUUUAGCGGGAUUCUCACGACCUUCUGCUGGUCAGAUACUUUGGAAUGGCCAUGACACUAGCCAGUCAGAAAUCUUCCACCAAUACAAGCUUCAACUGAAUUGGCUUUCCCUCAAGGAUGCAGUGAAAGAAAAGUUCACUGUCCUAGACAAUGUUCAAUGGUUUGAGGUAAGCAUGAGUUCGUUGUAUAGGCUCCAAGCUCUUGUGGCCUAG